AAUAUGAUAAUUUUAGAAAUAUCGAAGAAGUAGGUAAAGGUGGAUUUUCCGUAGUAUAUAAAGCAUCAUAUAUAGCGUCCUUUGGAGCAUAUGAAGAAGUUGCAAUCAAGAUAAUAAAUGAUUCGCAUAAGAAUAAACAACUUUUUUUAAACGAG